AUCCUCUCUCCUCUUUCAUCCAAAUUUUUCUUUCGUUGAGUAUUCUCCCACCUGUCAGUUUUAGUUACAGCAUUCACGUAGUAAUCACUCGUCUUUCUGGAAGUAACUGCUUGGGCUUGGGAAGGUAUGAACUUGGACUUGAAUGUCAAAGUAUGCUGUUUGAUAACUCAUGGCAAAUAGAUAAGUGGAUUUUUGUAUAAAUUUCAAGUGAGAGCUUUGUUGGAUUUGAAGAGGGCAAGAUCUCUGGAAAGCUCUACCAGAGGAGAGAUUUGGACUUGGAAUUAUUUAAAUUCCAGUUUGAGGAUAAAGGGCUUCAACAUACACAAAGUUCUGCACCAAAUCCACAGAGAUGUCCUCUGUUCUCCGCUCGAGUAUUUUACAUCAUUUCCAGUCCCUGCACAUGAUAGGUGUACGGACGCUGACAUCAGAACGUGUGGGGUUUGCACCCGUCGGGAGUCAUGAGCUCAGGGACCCGGUUCCACCUGCCCUGCUAGCUUUCAAGGACCCACGAGCGUUCCAGGUUAAGAGCUGGUGGGAGCUAAUACGAGCGCUUGGGGUUUUUAGACUCUGCUCUUACCCUGUGCUGGUCAAUAACUGUGGCAAGAUUAUGUCGUUUACACGGGCUAUCCUGGGCAAACGAGUUUUCGCCAUGGUCCUUCGGCCUUUUGUUUACGCUCAGUUUGUUGCUGGGGAAACAGAGAGUGAGAUUGCAGUGUCCAUGGAGAAGAUGAACUCGCUUGGACUACAUCCCAUGUUGGCUGUUCCCAUUGAAGAGGAUCUAGGAGAAAGCUCUGGAGAGAAGAGGUAUGAUGACAACUUGGCAGCCAUGUUGGAGUGUGUGCGCAUGUCUCACAGCAAUGGCUGGAGCAAAGAUCCCAUGAUGCAGCUGAAGAUCACUGCCUUGGUCAGCCCUGAGCUUUGUGUUAAGCUGACUUCCUUGCUGAAGAAGCAACAUUAUGAUCUUGACCUUUUGGUUAGAGCAAUGGACGGAGAGGCUAUUACAUUUCCUGGGCUCAGUGAAACUGAAAACACACAUUUUCUACUUGGACUCAAGAGACUAAACCAAAUUGGAGAGGCAAGUGUUAACAAAGUCAGAGUUCUAGUGGAUGCCGAGUACACGUACAUGAAUCCUGCGCUCUCUCUCAUCACCAUGGCCAUGAUGAAGAAGUUCAAUCGAGAUAGUGCCUGGAUCUGGAACACAUACCAAUGCUACCUGAAGGAGUCCAGAGACCUUGUGUUUGAUGCUAUCCGCUUGUCUGUGGACCAGUCUUUCUGCCUUGGGGUUAAACUUGUCCGAGGUGCAUAUAUGGACAAGGAGAGGAAGCUGGCUAAAAAGGAAGGACGAGCUGACCCCAUUCACCAAUCCUGGGAGCACACAAAUGAUAGCUACAACGGAUCUCUGGAAGUGAUGCUUAACCUGAUUUCCCAGCAGCCUGACCACUACAAGAUCAUUGUAGCAACUCACAAUGAAGAAUCUGUUAGAAAGGCAGUGACAUGGAUGACUGAGUUAGGGAUUGCUCGAGACAGGGGUUCAGUGUGUUUUGGUCAACUUCUGGGGAUGUGUGAUCAUGUGUCUCUCACUCUGGCUCAGCAGGGUUUCUCAGUGUAUAAGUCCGUUCCUUAUGGCUCAGUGGAUGACACGCUGCCGUAUCUGGUACGGAGGGCUCAGGAGAACCGCACCGUGUUGCAGGGGAUCCGCAAAGAGAGAGACCUGCUGAGGCAAGAGCUACGUCGUAGAGUCCGGGAGAAGAUCACUCGAGCAAAGUAGAGAGAGGGAGAACGAACAAAAAAACGACAAAUCAGAGAAAAUGCAGAAAAAAGGGUCUGCAAUAUGAAUGUGGUUUGUUGGUAGUUAUGAUAGUUACAUGUAGGUAUGUGACAAAAGGGUGACUAUGGCAUACCUAUAGAAAAUUAAAGGGAAUUUAGUUAGACUGCUGUUUUUGCUUAGGUGUUGGCUAAACUGAUGUCUUGAGUUGAAGUAAAAGCAAGCGAAAAGUAAUUGGUAAAAAAAAAAAGAAAGAAAAAACAUGAUUUUAUGGUAAGUGUAACAAUAUAUUUUAUUAAACAACAAAGACUGCAUAGGUAUGGUUUGCAAAAUGUAAUGAAACUAGUACAUAUUCUUUCAUUAUGGUAUUUUCAUGUGAUAUUAUUCCUACGUACCUCUGCUUAAAGUGUGCCUCAGUUUAUUGUAUUUCAUCAACUUGCAGGCUUCUGUAUGUUUUUUCCUCAAAGAUAAUUAACUCUAUAGGACUUGUUUACCUAGCCUUUCAAUUUUUCUCCAAUCCACUGCAUCACCAAAUGGAGAGAAAAGGAGAGGAGGGGUUUGUAGUCAUUAUCACCUGCUCUUUAAUGACUUUCAGCACUACAGCCAGUUCACUCCCGUUCAAAACCUGUUCUUGAGCAAAUGGGCCUGUACUCUAUUACUCUGCAGGAUAACAAAAAUACUGAUGAUGAUGAAUGAAGAGGGAAAAAAGUGCAACAAUUCAAAGUUCCAACCUUCAUUGUGUAAAUAACACCAAGGAAGAAAUGAAAAUAGGAACACUAAAAACAGAACUCUAAAACAGCAAAAGGAAAUCCACGACAAAUGUGAACAUUUAUGACAGCCAUCCACAGUUUUUCAGUACUUUGUGUGAGUGCUCUUUACAGCCACUUCUACUUGAUACCCCUGGGGUAGGGAACUGGAAAUCUUCUGAAUCAUGAAGAAGCUAUUGAGCAGCAGAAUGCACAGUUGUGCGAUGUUCUCUACACAUACAUCCCCUCAAAUGAGCCAGGGUUUCACAAUGGUGUGCCAGGACCGGAUCUUUGAGAUAUCUCUAAUCUUUGUCUGCACAAUGACACAGGACACACUGGAGCAGCUUUACUGGGAUGCCAGCUUGAAGCGUUCCAGUUCACUCACCCUCACUUCUCAUGAAAUAUGGAGUAUUAUUGGAUGUACAAGAAAAAGUGUGGCCUUGUAAAUUAAGGGAAUUUAGGGACUUUUAAUGAAAUAUACCUCACCAAACUUGGUACACUGCAGUAUGUCAAUAUCUGUAACAAAUCAGUGUUGUUCUUUAAAAAUACACAAUCUACAGUGGGGCCCAAAACUCUGAGGUCACUAGUGAAAAUGCUGAAAAUUAAAAUUUUGCAUUCUUUUCAAAUUUAAUACAAGAUAUUUCAUUACAAAUUACAUUAUCAGCAAUUUGAGUGAAAAGUAGAAUCUUAAAAUACUGACAUGAAUUUCAGAAUUUCUUAGUGUGUGAUAUGCCACCUUUUGUUUUAAAGCUGGUAUGGAUGCAACAAGUUUGUGCAAAAUCUGGCGAUCAGCGUUUGGAUCCAAUGGCGUGUUGUCUGAAUAAGUGCUGCUUUCUUUGUUUUAAUUUUUUUUUCAAAAUUCUAAAACUUUCUGUUUAUUUCCAGCUUUAAAUAGAAAAAGAAAACAGAUUUUCAAAGUGAUCUCAGACAUUUGGACCCCACUGUAUAAUUAUAGUUGUUUCAUUUAAAAAAUGUUUUUACUUUUCUGAUCUCUGUAUAUUAAUUGAGGGAUUCCAAGUAGAACUAUGUGAAAUGCUAAACUAUACUGCCAAAAUUUUGUGGACAUCUGACCAUAACACUAUGUGCUUUCCGAGCAUCCCAUUCCAGAUUUAGUCCCCCUUUUGUUGUUAUAAAAACCUCCACUCUUCUGGGAAGCCUUUCCACUAGAUUUGGACAAGAGCUUAAGUGAGGUCAGGCACUGAUGUUGGGUGAGGAGGUCUGGGGCACAGUUAGUGUUCCAAUUCAUCCCAAAGGUGUUCAGUGGGGUUGAAAUCAGGGCUCUGUGCAGGACACUCAAGUUUUCUGCUCCAAUUCCGAAAACAAACCAUGGAAAACCAUGUCUUCAUGGAGCUUGCUUUGUGCACAGGGGCAUUGUCAUGCUGGGACACUGUUUUGGCCACUUAGUUCAAGUAAAGGGAAACUGUAACGCUACAGCAUAUGAAGACAUGUUAUACAAUUGUGUGCUUCCAACUUUGUGACAACAGUUUGAGGAAGAACCACGUAUGGGUGUGAUGGUCAGGUGUCCACAUACUUUUGGCCAAAUAAUGUAUAAUGAGAACUGUGAAUUUGCUCUAGACAUUAGAAAUUACAAGCUAGAAAUUAGAUGAGAACAUUCACAGCACUCUUGGCACAUUCAUUAAUUCAUUCAUAUUUAGUAAGUCCUUGUCAGAGUCAUAGUAAAUCUCGAGCCUAUGGUGGGAGCACUGGGUGUGAGGUGGGAAUACAUCCUGGAUGGGAUGCCAAUCCAUUGCAAGACACCAUUUACACAAACACUCACACACUGUUUAACACCUAGGGGCAAUUUUUGUGUUUUUGGGAGGUUGGAAGACACUGGAGAACCCAGAGGAAACAUGCAAAACCCUGAAGCUGUGAAGUGGCCAAACUACCUGCUGCUUAUCACAUUAAUGUUUUACUUGAAUAGAUGAUUUCUUUUUUUGAUGAACUUUAUGAUGUCACAGGUUUACCAUGAUUUAAAGAGUGUUCCUAAAGUUUAUUUUAAUAUAAACUGGAAUGAUGUCUCAGUGUUUUUGGUAUGAAAGUGUUUAGAACUAAAAUGAAGUUAAUUGUGUAUAUCGAAUUCAUUUUCUUAGAUGAAUUUAUACAAGUACAUUUAUAAAAAUACAUUAAAGGGUUAUUCAUA